AUGGGUAACGAUUACACCGAUUUGCCACCUAUUAAAAUCUUGGCCGGUAUUACACCGGAUAAUGGAAUCGGCAAUACUAAUGGCUUGCCAUGGCCACACAUCAAGAGGGAUUUCCUUUAUAUGUUUAGGUUGACUACAUAUGUUGACCCUAGUGUUAAGCAAAACAACUCGGAAAUACAAAAUGUAGUCGUUAUUGGAAGAAAAACCUACGACAGUCUUCCUCCUAACACAUUUCCUUUUAAAAACAGGAUUAGCGUGGUCAUUUCAAGAACACUAAGCGAGGUACCCGGAGGAUUUGUGUUCGACUCCGUUCCUAAAGCACUGAUGUAUAUCAAAGACAAUUUAAACUACUAUAAAAUAUUCAUCCUGGGCGGAAGUUUCAUUUACAAUGAGGUUAUCAACAUGCCGGUUCUUGAUACUCUGUAUAUAACCAGGGUCAACAAGAAGUAUCCGUGCGACGUGUUCUUCCCGAAGAUUCCCGAGGAUUACGUAAUCACAGGAAUCAGUAAGACUUUUACAAACGGGGACACAACAUACGACUUCGUGACCUAUGAAAGGAAGGAUCAACUAAGAGAAGAGCCGGAUCAUAGAACCUUUCACGAACUUCUUCUGACCGGGGAAAAGUUUGCAAAUAAGCCACCUUUGUAUAAGGCGUGUCCAAACUUGAAAGUUAGAUACAGCCAGGAACUACAGUAUCUUGACAUUCUGGCUGAUAUACUAAACAACGGAGUGAAAAAGACCAACAGAACAGGGGUGGAUUGCUUUGCCAAGUUUGGAUACCAGAUGAGAUUCGACUUAUCAGAGUCGUUUCCACUAUUGACAACGAAGAAGGUCUUUCUAAGAGGAAUAAUUGAGGAACUCAUAUGGUUCAUUCGGGGAAGCACCAACGGAAACGAUCUGCUAAAAAAGAACGUUAAAAUAUGGGAGUUGAAUGGAGCAAGAGGAUUCCUGGACGCAUUAGGGUUUUAUGACAGAGAGGAACACGAUUUAGGGCCUGUUUACGGAUUCCAGUGGAGACAUUUUGGUGCUAAAUACGUGGAUAUGCACACGGACUACAAUGGCCAGGGAAUCGACCAGUUGUCAAUAUUGAUCGAUAAAAUAAAGAAUAAGCCCAAUGACAGGAGACUUAUAGUUUGCUCCUGGAACGUUGCAGAUUUGUCGAAAAUGGCACUGCCGCCUUGUCAUUUGUUGUUCCAGUUCUUCGUAGCGGACGGAAAGCUGUCGUGUAUGAUGCAUCAAAGGUCAUGUGAUAUGGGUCUGGGAGUCCCAUUUAACAUUGCCUCGUACUCUCUACUGACAUAUAUGAUAGCCCAAAUUUGCGAUCUUGAACCUGGAGAGUUUGUCCACAAUCUGGGCGACGCACAUAUAUACUGUAACCACGUUGAUGCGGUCAAGGAGCAGAUAUCGAGAGUACCGUACCCAUUUCCGAGUUUAAAAUUAAAUAAGGAAAUUAAGAGGAUAGAAGAUUUCACACUGGAAGACAUUAAAGUGGAAAAUUACAUAUCACACCCAGCCAUAAAAAUGGAUAUGGCAGCAUAA